AUGCCACCUACUGAAAUCAUCGACCUCGGUUCCACAGAAAGCGACGCCAGCAUUGAUUCCGCCGAGGAGAAGAGUCUGACAAACAUGGACGUCAAAGCCCAGCUCAAUUUAGCACUGGAGGGACUUGAAUGCGAGCCCGGCGACGUCUACGGCAUUGGGCUACCUGAAAGAUUCAUCGACCCCGAAAUCCACGUUAACGGGCACCGAAUUGAUUUCCCACUUUCUGCAGAAGAUGUCCGACGGUGUAUUCAAGCGGGACAUCCGGCGCCCUUCGGGAAGAAAGAUGCUACCAUCGUCGAUUCGAGCGGUGUACAUUGGGGUGGGAUUGUCAAGCAGGUGGCUAAGGACAUGGCGCUUAAUCCUAAACGUCCGGGCUUCCAUGCGGAGUUGUAUAAGAUGCUGCUGUAUGAGCGGGGUGCGAUGUUCAAGGCACAUCAAGAUACGGAGAAGGUGCCGGGUAUGUUUGCGACGCUCGUCGUUCAAUUGCCGUCGCCGCAUACUGGUGCAUCUGUGCGGAUGCGGCGGGACGGGUUUCGCGAUGGGUAUCUCGAUACGUCUUUGACAGAGUAUUCGUAUGUCUGGUGGUAUUCGGACAUGAGCCACGAGAUUCUCCCUGUUGAGUCCGGAAUCCGCUGGGUGCUCACUUUUAACCUCGUGCGAGAUGACCCCGACACCCCGCUGCGCGAGUUCAUCCCAGACACCACCAAUCUCCAGCGGGUACUUAAGGGGUACUAUCACCAAAGGAUUAACAAGGAAGCCGGUUUGAGUUCCAACCUCCUCGUCAUGCUACAGCACGAAUACACGGAGGCGAACCUCAAGCUCGCCCUCCUCAAAGACCAGGACCUCGAAUAUGUUCUAGCUUUAGAGCGGGCAUGUGAGGAGACAAACUGCCAUGUCUUCUUAGGCACACUUGAGCAUAGAAGGUGGGGCCCUACAGGAGAAUAUGAUUACGAUGAUAACCCAGGCGGCAUGCACAGCAUCGAAGAAAUCUUGGAAGAGGAGACGUAUUUGACUGCUGUGUUUGACCUGAGGGGCCUUCGACUAUUGGAUAAAAAGAAGGUGGAAAAUGAGGAUUUCCUAGAGGACGAUCCUUUUGACGGCUAUGAUCAAGAUAGCGAAGACUAUGAGGGGUAUCAGGGGAAUUGGGGUUGCGAGGCAACUCAUUGGUAUCGAAAGGCUGUUGCCAUCCUUGUCCCAGACACGGAUGUGCUCGAAUUCCUAGGCAUGGCCGGAAACCGUCCGAGCAACUGCAAACCCACGAAGAGGAAAUUCCUCUAUCUUCUCCAUCGAGUUCAGCAGACCGACAAGUCGAGAUCCGCUUAUCAUGAUACUCUGUUCAAGCUGUGCAGACGUAUGGUCGAGCAUAAUGAGUCGGAAAGAGCCAAAAACACUGCUGUCGAUACUGGAGACUUCUCCAGCAGCCUCCUUGCCGACGUUAUCUAUGUUUCGUUCAUAAUGAACAAGAACGACUUAGCUCUGCGGGCUCUGAACGCAUUCCCCAAGUGGGAUGACCGCGCCCUUGCCAUUCUUGGAACCAGAAUCCAAAAGAAAGGAUUCUCGUUUUGCCAAUCCAUAGUUCAAAGUCACUUUGCCAAGGAGACAUGGCUUGGUCCAUUGUCCCGUUCCCUUAACAUUCUGCUCGCUGGCUGCGCAAACGGUGAUACAGCUCAGCAGAUCCUUGAAAAGGGGAGAAGGUCAGAUCUCCUCGGAUGGGUGGUUGCCACGCUUACCCCAUCGUUCCUCAACUAUGUGCAUCGGUACAUGGAAGAUGCGGAUGAAACAGUCAAAUUCUAUUCCAUGCUGGAGGCAGAGGACGCAGAUGGUGCCAAACGCAGAAUGAUCUAUAAUAUGCUCAGUCAUAAAGUAACGAGAACGUUUUUCCUGGUGGCACUAUCUCAGGGCAAAGACCUAGCCCUCUUCCUCGACCACUGCCACACCCUAGGCUACCGCACCCUCACCGAGAACAUCAUCCGCUCCGCCUCCCUCCAAGCGCACAAAUUCAUGGCCGGGGAACUAAAACUCGUCUUCAUCCCCUGCCUUCAAUCCCUCGUUCUCUACAUAUCCAAAUGGGACAUCCCGUACACCACCGAGCCCUACCAAACCUUCGCCGCCUCCAUCAUCUCCAACUUCAUAUCCAAGUACCUCGGUCCCCGACCCGCUGAAGGUGUAGGUUGGGCGAGGAAUACACUAGAUUGCUCCUGCCGUAUCUGCACCCCGAUAAACCGCUUCUUGCAGAAUGCGUGUCUCGAGACUGGACGCUUCACGGGUGCUGUACGGGAGCGUCAUCACAUGCACCGUGAGAUCGAAGACGCGGUCGUUCGAUAUACGCAUCAGACGGAUAGAAGUGGGUUUGGCAACACGCUGGUCGUGCGGAAGAUGAAGGUGUCGGGGCAGGAGAAGCAUGAGUUGUGGGAGGCGAAGAGGAGGGAGGUUAAGGCUAUACUGGCGUCUUUUCAUCCCCGUACUUUGGAAAGGCUGAUGGGUGAGCGGUAUGAGGAAUUCGUUAAGGCGAGGCUGGUUAGGAGAGCGGAGGGGACCGGACCGUUGGUGGAGGCGGAGACGUCGAGGGUGAAUUUGCAUGGGGGGAGGGGUGGGAUGAUGGCUCAGACUGGGGUCAAGAGGAAGAUUGGUGAGGUGGAGGUUAUUGAUUUGACGUGA